AUGUGGCUCGGUGGCACCUCCUGGUCCCCAUCGGCCAUCCAGCAGGUGAUGCUCCCUGAGUUGGCCCGACUGGCCACCGCGGAGAGGGGCAGAGAAAGCGAGCUCCGCGUGCGCAAGGUCUCCGUGGACCUGGCGGGCACGCGACUUACGGAUGAGGCCCUGACUACCUUCCUGGCUGGCUGGCCCUGUUUGGGUCUCAGCCACUGCUCCAUCUGCUUCAAGUUGCAGCGAAACCUCCUCACGGACCAGUCGCUGUCCGUGCUGGGCCACUUCGCCGUGGCGGACUCCACCGGUGUGGUGGAGGAGCUGCAUGCCACGCAUCAGCUGGGCCCUGGCCUCCGCCGGGAAGCGGUCCUGGGCUUCCUGGUGAAGCUGUCGUCCUGCCGGAAGUACCCCUUGUGGGUGAAGCGCCGGCGCUGCUUCCGCCCCGUGCACCUGCGCUUGGGCCAGUGUGGGGUGGAGGACCCAGAGGCCAUUGCAGAGGAGCUCGAGAGCAGGACCGGGGCCAAAGUCUGCUUCGCAGACGAUCAGGGCUGCGUGCGGAUGUCCUGCGUGAGUGCGCGGAGUGGGGGAGCCUGUCCAGUGGCGCACCUCUACGACUUCCGUAGCCAGGAGCAGCCGACGGAGCUGGCAGAGCCAAGUGAGCGCCUCACAUCUGCGCGAGAGCGUGAGAGGGGCAAGACCUUCCUGUGUGGCUCUUGUCAGAAGGCCCUUCCCAUCGACAUGUUCACACGCUCACAGUUCCAGAAGGCGUCGGCCUUGGACGAUGGCAGGGCAGAAUCUGAGUCCCACUUGGUGCGAAGAUGCAACGAGUGCGUGACCCAGCCCUGCUGCGCCUGCGGCGCCCUUCUUCCCCUCACGGCCUUCGCGAACAGCCAGAUGCUGCGACCCCAGGGCAGUCGCCGGUGCCGAAGUUGCGCUGCCGAGACCUGGUGGUGCGUCCGCUGCGCGCGCCCGAGGGCGCAGGCUGAGUUCUCUUCCUUCGAAGCCCGAAAAGGAAAGCGGAUUGCCAAGGUGUGCAAAGACUGCAAUAAAAGCAACACGUACUUCGAUCGGCGGCACGCGCUCUGCGUCGCCUUCAGUGGCAAGUACGCAGCAGCGCCCUCUCGCUUGCCCAGCUUCUCCAGAGAAGUACUCUCCAAUAUUCUCGCCUUCGCCAAAGAAUCGCAAUUUGUGUCCAUCUUCAUGACGAGCUUCACCUGUACGCUUUGCAACAAGACCUUCUCCUUCUUGGCCAACGGUGGUGACGGCGCCCCUGUGGAGAGACACCUGCGCACCUCCCAGCAGCAUGCCAAGCGCCUGCGCAGCCUUGAGGCUGGAAAGCUGGUCGAGCUGUCAGCCACCGGUCUGGACCCCGAGCGCUUCGCGCACUUGGGGCUCUCCGGGGCCUUCUGCAGCUCCGAGCAGGUCAAGGAGGCGGGCAACCUGGUGGAUGUUUGGGCUCUGCGGGUGCAGGAGCCGGAGCUGGAUCCCAGCCUCUUCAACGCCCGCAAGCAGAGGACUGGGGAAGAGCUUGAUGCCCGGGGGCCUCGCUGGGCCUCCCCGGAGCAGGUGGAGAGGGCGCGAUUCAUCCUCCAGCUUCGGAGCCAACGCCACGUGCCGGGUUCUGCCACGCAGGGCGAUCCUGAGCUGGCGUCCUUCUUCGCAUCUGCCGGUGGAGAAGACGUGGCUCGCGGCAGCCAGAGGGCCCAGCACGAGAAGCUCCACAAGCUUCAGAUGCUCUGCUCCUCCGGCGGGUCUGAAGAGGAGGAGGAUCCCGAAACGCAGGCGCUCCUCGCUUUCCUGAGCAGCUAG